AUGGGCUGGUGCCCUCUUGCGCCCGUAACACGCUGGCUCCAGCUUCGGAGACCAGAACGACAGGCUCAGCAAUGCGACGCGAAAGAUGACGCGCAGGACAGUUCUGACAAGACGGACACGUUCCCGCUGUCUCCGCGAGAGCUCAUCGCCAAUCGCGUCAUCGCCGAGGUCCCACUCCUCAGGCGGAGAGUGGAUCGGUCCAACGACACUCCUCUAGCAGCCCUUUACCGCAUUUAUGAGCACCUCGUCCUCGACCAGCACAUCGAGAUCCGAAACGAGAUCGAGGCCUUCUGGUGGCAGCAGGACUGGGCCGUCCGAGACAUACCAGAUCCGCACGACCCAGACCCUGAGCGUCUCGCAUGCCUUGCGUGCAUUCCCAAGCUGAUGUGCCUGGCGUUCAAUAAGAGGAUCGAACUCGGUCUGCCACGCUCAGCUCCGCCCAUCUUCACCUACGACCAGCUGGACGAAUGGAAGGCCCAGGAACGAAAAUAUGAGCAAGAGCCCGACUGGGUUGCGCGCGUGCCGGCUCUGGCGCAACCCCUUGCGAUUCCACACUGGGACAAUGACAGGAGGGACUUUGUGCCUCUGGAGAGCUUUGACGAUAUCAGGGCUUCGCCGGAAUGCGCGACCAUGAACGUUUUGAUAUGGAAACCACACGUACAUUUUGCAUGA